AUGGUAGAAUGGAUUGUGGAGUACUUAUUGGCCUUAGCAGUCACACUUGAGCACAUCAUAAAAAUUUCUCCAAUAGGUUAUCCUCCAACCCAAACGAUAGCUAUAAUUCAGGAUUGUAAUGGACGGCGGGUGGCUGGAGCGGCGCGGAGGUGCAGCCGGUCCUGCGCUGCCUGGUCUGCUGCGGGCAUCACCGGGCCGGCGGAGAAGGAGCCUCCUCGGCAUCAGCCGGCCGGGGACACCCUCCGGAGCUGCUCAGGCGCCUCCGCCCGGGAGGGCGGCCCCGAUCCGGCUCGUCCAGAGCGUCUUCGCCAGGAGGGAGCCCUGACUGCUGCCCCGGCCGGCCUGGACACCAUGGGGCGGCGGCUCCCCGGCCCGGGCCUCCCUCCCCGCCCCUUCUUUGCCCUCCUCCACCUCCCGCUGCUGCUCCGGCCGACCCUCCUCUCCGCGGUCCCUAACGGCGACCCUGGGCAGAGCUGCGAACAAGUUCGGAAACUUUUCCAGCUGCGGCAGUUGGGGUGGUCCGGAGGUCCGCCGGAGGCUCCCAGGGCAGGUCCUGAUCUUCAGGUAUGUUCAUCCAAAGGUCCUACUUGCUGUACCAAAAAGAUGGAAGAAAGAUACCAAUUGGCAGCCCAGCAGGAUAUUCAGCAGGUGCUUCAGACAACAAGUUCUACCUUAAAGUUCUUAAUAUCUCGCAAUGCUGCUACUUUUCAAGGUGCCUAUUCUGAGCUGCUUGGAGGAAGUGGAAACCCCUAUGUACAGAUGAAAACUAAUUCACCCCAUUUCUCUGGGGAAACUUACCACCUCUUUCUUGACUCUGUCUCCUAUUUGGAGAUCAGUGAAACAUCUGGUUUAUUUUUUUCCCCAAUCCACUGGAAUUUCUCCUGCUGAAAUUUAUCAAAAACAAUUUCAAAUUAAAUUAUUAAUUUGCUGGCCAAUUCCCUAAUGGUAAUACAUGUCAUCCUAGCUUGAUGAUUUAUGUGUUCAGACUCCAUAAAUGUCUUUUUAAACCUGCUUAACAUUAUAUAUAUUAUAUGAAGACUUCAUUAUUUUCUAGUUUCCCAAGUUCUAAAACUGAUUUGAAUAUUUCCAUAAUGUUUAGCAUUAUUAUUGUUUUUC